UCGCGCGCCUGCGCAGUCAGUCUUCCCCAGGCGGCAGCCAUGGCUGGACAAGAGGAUCCGGUGCAGCGGGAGAUUCACCAGGACUGGGCGAAUCGAGAAUACAUUGAGAUCAUCACCAGCAGCAUCAAGAAAAUCUCGGACUUUCUCAACUCUUUCGAUAUGUCUUGUCGAUCAAGACUCGCAACACUAAAUGAGAAAUUGACAGCCCUUGAACGGAGAAUAGAGUACAUUGAAGCAAGGGUGACAAAGGGUGAGACUCUCACCUAGAGCUGUGCCACGCUGCUGCUGGGAAGUCGAUGUACAGAACACUGGCCAUGUGGGAAAGGCCCAGCAGCCUUCUGCACCUCCCCCUCUCCUUCCAGCAACAGGGCUUUUUCUUGUUUUCUUUCUUCAAAAGUGGCCUUUGGGCUCUGCCGUGUGCGUCUGGGAUGUGAUGUGGCAUGGGGAAUAAGUCCAGGGCCCCUCUUGGGAACAGCAUUAGGCAUUUCCCCUUUUCAGUGACAUUGUUUGGAACGACUUGUCCAUGUGCUUGAGGUGUUCAGAGGCAAAGGCCAGGACUCAGUGUUAAGUCCUCCCCACCUCACUCUUUCUCUCAGACUUUCCCUACAGCUCCCAUGGCCUCUGCACUGAUUGUGUCAACAGUCUGUCUUCUCUCCGCCUGUGACAGGAGAUGGGGGCAAUCCUGGCUGAGACUCCGUGCUCUGCAGUGUGGUUGCCAGAAAAUGUUGUUGCUAACUCACCAAUUUCUUGUUCUGGGAGGUCAAAGCCAGGCCCCCAGUUGCCUUGAAGGGACAUUUUCAGUUUUCUUUCUGUCACUUGGGGUAUCCAUGGCUCUCAUGCUUCCCAAAUAAAUUCAACUUUACCUGA